GACACGGUGACGCUACCAUAACUGUAUGAGAACGGGUCCAAAGGAGGAAGCGAAAACGCUCUAUUUCCGCUGCAGCAACGAGAACGGGCACAUCAAAAAAGAAAGAAAAAUGUGGACCGUUGAGACAAACUGAGCCAAGAGACGGGACGUUGAGCUACAUACAUCGUUUUCGUUUAAAUUGGUUACCAGAUAGGCGUUGUUAAAUAAAGUUCCCUGACAAAUUUUUGACAGUUUAAGGGUCGUUUCGAGGUUAACUCGCCCCCUUGUUCUGUGGUGGUUCGGUUUGAGGAAGCAGCACGGCUAGCCAGCUGCUGAAUUAGCUAGCUCGCUAGAGAUGGGGACGAGAGCAAGUCGCCUACAAGAAGACCCGGUUCCCUCUGCUUUCGGAAAAGAUGGCACAAAGCGGGAUUCAUAUCGGCGACCUCGCUGCGCCAGGCCCACCAGUCUCAUGGUCGACUUCUCGGGAAGCUUCGAGGACACGGAGGCCAACCGGAGCCGCUCGGAGGAAGGCAGCGACUCGGACCUGGGGCAGCAUGGGGCGAGCGCCGAUGGUAGCCCCGCUGACCACCACAGCAUCCCCUCUAGCAUUAGCCAGGCGUCACCUGCGGACGACAACAACAGCGAGGGGAAGCCCGAUGAAGACGGGAGUAUAAGCCCAGAGCCUCCCGUCGUAGCGGAACAUCAGUCCGGAGAGGAGACAGGCCGCACGCCCCACCGCACUUUUUCUGAGCGGCUGCCCGGGAAUCGGCACUCUUCCGCCCGCAGCGUGGGCGCAAGAUCCGCCCGGGUCCGAGGCACACACCAGCGGCCGGUGUCAGAGGCGUGGAUCGGCCUUUAUCGUGUUAACAACCGCCAUGGCAAUAUCCGCUGUCCUUUCUGCUCAAAGCCCUUCCCGGGGGGUCGAAUCGAGGAUCACCUGUUGAGCUGCCUCACGUCUCCUCCCCUACCAUACAAUACGGAUGUGCUCAGUAAAGACAGCGGAGAGUGCUCCAUCUGUUUGGAGGAUCUGGUACAGGGAGAGACCAUCGCCAGACUGGCUUGCCUCUGUGUCUACCAUAAGAGCUGCAUUGAUUCCUGGUCCAAGGUGAAACCCUGCUGUCCUGAACAUCCCUUUGAUUGACUCGCGGGUCACAUGUAUUCUGCGCAGUGACCAAUCUGACUCAGGAGACUACACUGAAUCACAAUAAAAUCCCAAUUAAAAUGUGUAACUGAACAAAAGCCCAAUGUCCCUGUACCUAUAUUUGAGUGGAGAACAGACGAUCCUAGGAGGAAGCUCCAGUUAGCGACACCCGACGCUCUCCGUUUGGAUCGGUCCAUUUGAACUUGGUCUAGGCCAUUUCAAGCCAAACUCCAACAGUAAAAACAGCCGCGCCGUCUCUGUCUAAUCUCUGGUGGAGUCCCUUGUUGGAACACAAGUGGAUGAGGUUCCCUGUCUGUGUUACGGACUGGGCUUGAAUCUGCGGAACAUAUUUAAAAAAAAAAAAAAAAAAAAGGUCAAAUAAACAUUAUCAUCCCAGAAUGAUGGAACUUACCCCAGAAAGAUCUUGAACUUGGGGAGGAACACAAAAAAUGAUGUUUAAACUGUGACUCUGGAUCCUCUCCUGUGUAUUUUUUCUCCCUCCAAAUGGGAUUGGUCAUUUUAUCAAGUAUUUUGCAGAAAGUAUUGUUCCAUGUCAUACAUUGGAUGAAUGUUUUCUUUCCUCGGCUUACCCCAAAUGAACCAACCUCACACCGAAAGCGUGAACUGCUACCACAUUGCUUUAUUUUGAACCAGCUGGAGGUUGAGGGCUUGUUUUUGGUGAAUGGGGGCUGCCGUUACUAGGUGUUUUCUUUUCUCUAUUACCUGUAAACAUUUCAGGGGAAGUUUGGGGGCUAAUUGUUUUUCUGAGUAGGUCAGUUUUUUUGUAGUUGGUUAGUUAGCGCUGAGUUUAACGUGCUGCUACUUGCUGAGUUUUUAGGAGGGUUGUAGGUAUUUCAUAGGGCCAUAGUAGCGCUGGUGUUGGCACCAAUUUGAGCACUUUUGUCCGUCAAGGCUGAUUUUAUUUUUAUUUUUUCUCAUAAGGUCUGGGAUAAGUUUGUGUGUGUGUGUGUGUGUGUGUGUGUGUGUGUGUGUGUGUGUGUGUGUGUAUGUGUGAGAGUGUGUGUGUGUGCGCGCAAGUGUGUAUGUGUGUGUUCAAAUGAUGACCAGGGACAUGAGCAUGACUGUGUAUUCAAGAAAGUGUGUGUGCGUGUAUUUACUGUAAAUUGCCCAGAAGUCUGCUUUGUCAAGCGGGUUACCCUCUUUAUUAAUUUGUAAUGCGAGUUUUUAACUACAGUCACGCUGGCAAACAUCCUGCAACACGUGGCACUGAUACACAACAUGGCGGCUCAUGUGGUCCCGUUGUACUUUGAAUGCGGUUUGGUUUUUCUUUUAUUGUCCCUCUACCCCUCCUUCUCCUCCCUCAUUCUCAAACACUCUCUGGGGGUGUAGUCCGGAUUUUUGGACCAGACCCCAUGCGACAGUUUCGCCAUCUGGUUGCAUCAGUGCCAGAUCGAGGAGGGAUAAAGGGACGGAUGUAUUUUUGGGGCAUGUUUACACCAUGUGGCAUCUGCCUCUCUCCCCAACACUGGAGGCUAUGGACAGCUGAUGGUUAAUUAUUACAUAACUAGCCCCCACCCCUCUCCCCCACUUUUUUUUAAAGAAUUUUAAAUAAUAUCACAUUAUGAUAAUAAUUAUGGCUAAAUGUGUCAUGUGGCUUUUCUUUGCCUUUUUUGUGUGUGUGUGUGUGUGUGUGUGUGUGUGUGUGUGUGUGUGUGUGUGUGUGUGUGUGUGUGUGUU